GAGAGAGAGAGAGAGACACACACACACACAACACCCGCAGACAGAGAGGCAGAAAUUCAAGGGUCCGAUCGAGGGUAGAAUGGAAUUCAAAAUGCCAAGAAGCCCUAUCCGCCGAAGCUGAAGCUGAAGAAGAAGAAGAAGAAGAAAGAAAGGUAAACAGGUGAAGGGGAAGCUCCUCCUCGCACCUCCCUCCCCGUCCCCGCCCCACUCAAUCUCAAUCCCUCCUCGGGAGCUGAUCCAUCUAUCAAUUGCAUUCGGAUCUGUAACACCUAGAUCUGAUUCCUUCCAAUCACUCCCGCAUUGAUUCCAUUCGAAUCCGCACCCCUCAUCCGGAAUGGGGGAUUUCAAUCUAGCCCUAGUCAUCGUUGCGAUUGUCGUCUGCGUGCUGGUCUUCAUCUUCAACGUCUAUCUCCUCGUCAAUUACCAGCACCCCGACGAUGUCAACCAGGCCUAUUUCCCCAAAUUCGUCGUCGUUCUGGGCCUCUCCGUCGCCGCUAUCUCUAUUCUGAUGCUCCCGGCCGACGUUGCGAAUCGCCAGGCCUGUCGACACGCCAUUUAUAAUGGCGCCUGCAACCUCACGCUGCCGAUGAAGGAUCUGUGGCUCGCUGUUUAUAUCGUGGAUGCAAUUCUCGUUUUCUUUGUCAUCCCGUUUGCCAUGUUUUAUUACGAAGGAGACCAGGACAAGAGCGUGUGGAAGAGGAUGAGGAGUGCACUGCUGUGGGUGAUCAUGACAGUUAUUGUCUGUGCGCUUGUUCUGGGAAUUUUAUAUGGGCUUGUUGGAAAGGUGGAUUUCACUGUUAGGCAUCUAUCGUCUUCCACCACACCCUUCCCAACAUCAUUUGAGUUCUCCCGCAACCAGCAAUGUAUUGGGAGUGGAGUAAGACAGUGCUCUGCGUACACUGCAAGUGCUUCAUCUGAGACUACUUGGACCAUGCGCACAACCUUCCCAGAAUAUGUUGUUGCACUAGCUACAAUUGUUGGAUCUGUGCUUUUCACAAUUUUUGGUGGUGUUGGAAUUGCCUGCCUUCCAUUGGGCCUUAUAUUUUCAUUUAUUCGGCGCCCAAAGGCUGUUAUCACUCGCUCUCAGUAUAUUAAGGAAGCAACAGAACUGGGAAAAAAGGCAAGAGAACUUAAAAAGGCAGCUGAUGCACUUCACCAGGAAGAAAGGAGUGGCAAUAAGGGGAGGAAGUGGCGCAAAAAUGUGAAAGCUGUAGAAAAGGAGUUACUACUCUUGGAAGAAGAUGUCAAAGCUUUGGAAGAGAUGUAUCCUCAAGGUGAACAGGCUGAAACAGCUUGGGCUAUGACUGUACUUGGUUACCUUGCCAAAUUAGUACUUGGAGUUCUAGGGUUGAUUGUUUCAGUUGCGUGGGUGGCACAUAUUGUAAUAUACUUGCUGAUUAAUCCCCCACUUUCUCCAUUCCUCAACGAGGUUUUCAUCAAACUGGAUGAUGUUUGGGGUCUUCUUGGCACUGUAGCAUUUGCAUUCUUCUGCUUCUAUCUUCUGCUUGCUGUGAUAGCUGGCGCGAUGAUGCUUGGCCUUAAGUUGGUUUUUAUAACAAUCCAUCCUAUGAAAUGGGGAGCUACGCUUAUGAACUCAUUUCUAUUCAAUGUGGGCCUCAUUCUUCUCUGCUCAAUCAGUGUGAUUCAAUUCUGCGCCACUGCAUUUGCUUAUUAUGCCCAGGCGACCGCAGCGCAAGAAAUAUUUGGACACACGUUGCAAUCUCUUCGUGGAAUCAAAUAUUUAUACAAGUACAAUGUGUUUCAAAUUGGAUUCAUCAUUUUAGCGGGGCUGACAUUUGUAUAUUAUGCAGCUUUUGGAUGGAGAAGAAAAAAACCUAGUGGCAGGUUCCAGCUUUCCUCGUAAUUAUUGUGAUCGUAUCUGAGUUUGAAUCUGCUGGAUUUCUUGAAUGUGUCAUUUAUGAUGUCGUCACGUGGCGUGUGGUUUGGUGGCUUUGGUUGCUUGAGAAAAAGACUGGCAAGGGUAGAGAAGUAGCCUGGAAUCUGCAUUAUCAUGGGUUUGUAUUGUGCAUUGUGGUGAGUCCAGGUUUUUUCUACGUUGUUAUUAUGUUCUCUUCUAUUCUUUAGGACGAGUAUAUGCUUUUCAAUUAUACUGUGUUUGUAUGCGAGGGGUUGGGUCUGAGAAUUCGAUGAGUACUUUUUCAAUGAUGUGUAAUUUCCUAUUGUUGGUUGUGUUGUA